UUGUUGGACUCUUUAACUGAAACAGGACUUUUGGGCAUCAAAAAACAAAUUGCUUCUUCGCAACUUAAACCUUCAAUUAAUUAGCCUGUAAAGGUUGUGCUGAUUAAAUCUCUAAUCAGAUUGAUAAAUGGGAAAUUUAUUUGUGAAGAAACCGAAGAUAACAGAUGUUGAUCGAGCCAUUCUCUCUCUCAAGACUCAAAGACGCAAGCUUGCCCAAUAUCAACAACAGCUUGAAACUGUGAUUGAAGCGGAAAAGCUAGCUGCUAAAGAUUUGAUUCGUGAGAAGAGAAAGGACAGGGCAUUGUUAGCGUUGAAGAAGAAGAAAACACAAGAAGAAUUGCUGAAGCAAGUGGAUACGUGGCUCAUUAAUGUCGAACAACAAUUGGCAGAUAUUGAGCUGGCCAGCAAGCAGAAAGCUGUAUUUGAGAGUUUGAAGUCAGGUACUGAUGCAAUCAAGGCGAUACAAAGUGAGGUCAAUCUGGAUGAUGUUCAGAAGCUAAUGGAUGAUACCGCUGAAGCUAAAGCUUACCAAGAUGAAAUUAAUGCUAUCCUGGGGGAAAAACUAUCAGCAGAAGAUGAAGAGGAGAUUUUAGCUGAAUUUGAGGACUUGGAAACUCAGGUGGCUGUUCAAGACUUGCCAGAAGUGCCCACUAUAGUUGUGUCUGAGGAACAGGAGCAGAAGUUGGACCUUCCUGAUGUACCAACCAAACCACCUGUGCUGGUGGAUGAUGCUGAAAUUUCUUCAGCUGAGGUCCCCACUAAGAGAAAAGUUUUGGAGGAACCAUUGCCAGCAUGAUCAGGGAAAACAUUUACAGCAAUAUUUCAGUCUCAUGGAGCUGCUGGCCAUCCUAUAUGAUUCAUGUCGUGGUGACCUUAAUCUAAGCUUGUACUUUACGAAUUCUUUUCAACCUGAUAAAUACUUGCAAUUGCAAUCAUGUUGGUUUGUUUUUGCUAUUGCAAUCAUCCUCAUAAGACCUGUCCAUAACUGUAAAUUUAUCAUGUGGAUAACAUAUUUGGUAUUUGGAUAAAUUCAGUCUCCUAGAUAAUGAAAUUUCUUUACUCCCUGA